GCCAUCUCAAUCCGCUGUAAAACUACAGUGUUUAUCCAUUUUCCACUUCCUUUUUGACACAUUUUUACACUUUCUUUCUUGUUUUAGGCUUUUAUUCAUAAUCCUUCUCAUAGAUUCUUCACAUUGCAGUGCGCCCACGUCGGGGACACUUAUAACUGAAGCCCGUGUCCCUCUUUUGUGCGUCUGUAUGCAUUGUUAACUUGACGAACAGCGAUGCUCUGCUUGUGAUGGAGACCGACAACAGUGCGACCAUAGCGGUGGCUCCCGAAGAGUGGGACGCGCCGGGAGAAGUGGAGGUGUCGCCUGCCGCUGACUGCGCUCCUGCGGUCGGUGCCGAAGUGGUCUGCUCCGGAGAAGGGUCACAGAGCGGAGCGAGGAAGAGAGGGAAGAGGAGGCCGAACUUUAAGCAGACGUCAUCCCGCCCAGAGGAUGAGCGCUGCAGUGGCUGUCGGGUGAAGUUUGAGCGCCACGGGCGGAGCUUUAACCGACGAGCCCUGUGCACCUUCACCAACCUGGAGACGGCUCGCUGGACCUUCCCUCAGGCCGCAGAACAACUCCAGGAAUCCAGCUUCUUGUGUGAGACCUGCGCCCAGCUCAUACGCAGCAAAUAUAGGAAGAGACAGUGUGGCAAGAGGACUCUAUGGAUCAGACCCAUAAACACGGCACAGAUGGAGCCCCAGUCCCGACCUAAAGAAAAGCGUUCUGGGAAAAAGUCGAGAGCAGCCCUCUUGGUCAGUCAAUCACGUUAUAAAUCAGCUUUCAGAGUCCUGUGGUCUGCCAGAGGAGCCAGAAAACCCAUGAUGGACUUCAUCAGCAAACAACUCAAACUAGAGAUGAAGGAGCUGUCUCGACAGCACGGCAGUCCAUUCCAUCAGAAGGUUGCGAGCUCAAAGCCGAUGUCGAUGUUUCCGUGGCGACGCUGUUUAAAUUGGGCUCAGGAGAAGGCCCCCCUCGUCACACACUGCAUCAGAGCCAUGUUUCCAGACGCGGCCGCCAUCGCCAAGAGCAGCCAUGUCUUGACGGAGGAGCAGGCUGGUGCACUGUUGGACCGGCGGAUCGUGACGGCGCUGUCCAUCCCGCUCUUCACGCGAAACGUUUACAAGAACAAUUUUGUGCAGGCGUCUCUAGGGGCGGAGCUUAGGCUGCAGGGCGUGUCCGGGUCGGGGCUAGACUCUCUGAACGCUUUGGGACUGUGUCAGAACAAAGACACUGUGAGGCUCCUGCUGCUACGGCUACUACAGGGCAGACGCGGGAGGCUGUUGUCAAACGGUCGCUUUGGUCAGAGGUUAAAACAAGAGCAGCUCAAAGCCCAUCAAAGCCCAGAUGUGGAGCAGCAGGAGGGGAGCGAAGAGGUGGAGGCCGAGUCCGAUACUGAGCGAGCGGAGACUGAACUGACAGCGGAUGAAGUCGAGGACGAAGUUGAGGAGGACCUGGAGGAAAACGAUGAAGAGGAGUCCAAAGAAAGAACAAGGAAGAAAAGGAAACAUCGCAAAGAAGAGGAAGAGACUGAUGAGAGUAAAAAAGGCAGAGUUGUUGUGGUUCGGUUGGGUCUGUUACACGAACAUGCCGACCCUUAGCCACGCCAAUCUGAACUUUACUUUGGACUCACUCUCUGAGAGUCGGAACCGCUUAUAAUUGAGGUGGACGUUAGGGCUGAAUUUUGUGGUCAGUUUUGCUCUUUAAUUUCCAGAUUGCGGAUAUUUUGUCUCAGUUUAUGGUAGCUAUAGCUGUCAUAUUCUGGCCUAUUCACAUAAAAUGAAAAUUAAGUUUGCUAUCUGCUCUGUCAAGGUAAAAUAUGUCAUUCAUUCACAAAGGUAUAACUAUUGUCAGUUAACAGGUGUAGCCUCGGGGGUUAUCAAAAACUCAAUUAAUGGAUACUAAUUGAUAAUAUACUGAGUAAAAUAAAAAAUACACCCAGGAAUGUAAACACCAAUAUGCACACAGGUAUCCCACAAAACCAGAUAUUAUAUUUGCUCUGCUCAAAUCAACAAGAAACUCUCAGACAUGCCACACACUACCCACUCUGAUCCCCAGCUGUAAACCCUUUAAGAUAAUAUGUCACCAGAAUGUUUAACAUUCCAGAAUGGAGGCAAGUGGAGGCAAAAUAAAGUAUACCAUAAUGCAUUUUUAAUAAUUAACUAACAACAGCUCUAAAUGGUUGUGUCUUUAUAAUAAAAAGUAAUUUCCAUUUCCAAAACCUAAAACAUCUGUAUGUUUCCUUCAGCAAAAAUGCUUGGUGUCAUUUACAACUGUGUUUAUCCUAUUCAAUGAUAAACACAGUUGUAAAUGUCUUUGCAGCUCUGUUGUCUGAGUUGUUUUCAUUUGCUAAACCCACCUUCAUUUUUCAUUCCAAUUUCUCAUGCUCCAUUUUACUUUUGCCUCCCACUGCAUCCAUUUACAUGUGUAAUGUAAUGCUGAGCGAAAGUUCUGAAAAACUAUCCAAAACACUUUUUACUUCCUGUAGUUAAGAGUGAAUAACCCACAUUUUGCUCUCCUUCUAUUUUCACAUUGUUGUUUGUGAAAAUUAAGUUGUUGCAAUUUAACAUUUGGAGUUCCCUGAGACAACCCUCCGACUGCAACAUGGUAACAUGCCCUGAACACUGAUUUCACUGAACCACUAUGAAGUUGACGUCAAAGGUUUUUGGGAAUGUGUGGACAUAGUCUUAUUUUCAGUAAUGUAAAACUUUAUAGUCCUCAUUAUCAUUUUGAAAGUUAACUUGUUUGUUAAUAAAAAAAAAUAAAAAACU